CAUGGCGACGGCGGGGGCCCCGCGGCGCUUCUGCCGCUGCGCCUGCUUCUGCUCCGAGAACCUGUACUCGGCGCGCUACGGCCUGCACGUGCGCUUCCGGGGCGAGCAGCAGCUGCGCCGCGACUACGGCGCGGUGCUGCGCAGCAGAGGCUGUGUCAGCCCCCUGGACUUCCAGCAGCUGUUGGAAGAGCUGCAACAGGAGGUUCAGCGGCGGCAGCGGCUGGGGCAGGAAUCAGCUGCCAGGAAAGCCCUCAUCGCCAGCUCCUACCGCCCGGCGAGGCCUGACAUCUACCACUCGCUGCAGGAUGGGGCCUUGGCCCCCGAGUUUCUGGCUGCGACUGAGUAUAGCACAUCACCAGGUGCAAACCUCCAGGGCCUUCUUCAACGGCUGGAGACUGUGUCAGCAGAGAAGCGCAUCUACCAGCUGCCUGUGUUCACAGCGUCCUUCUGCCAGGCCCUGCUGGAGGAGCUGGAGCACUUCGAGCAGUCGGACAUGCCCAAGGGGCGACCUAACACCAUGAACAACUAUGGGGUGCUGCUGCAUGAGUUGGGCCUGGAUGAGCCGCUGGUGACGCCGCUGCGGGAGCGCUUCCUGCAGCCACUGAUGGCCCUGCUCUACCCGGACGGUGGCGGGGGCCGGCUGGACAGCCACCGUGCCUUCGUGGUCAAAUACGCGCCAGACCAGGACCGUGAGCUGGGCUGUCACUACGAUAACGCCGAGCUCACCCUCAAUGUGGCCCUGGGCAAGGCCUUCACGGGGGGCGCCCUCUACUUCGGGGGCUACUUCCAGGCGCCUUCAGCCCUGGCCAAGCCCCUGGAGGUGGAGCAUGUGGUGGGCCAGGGUGUCCUGCACCGAGGCGGCCAGCUGCACGGGGCCCGGCCCCUGGGUACCGGUGAGCGCUGGAACCUCGUGGUCUGGCUCCGGGCCUCUGCCGUGCGCAACCACCUCUGCCCCAUGUGCUGCCGGAAGCCUGAGCUGGUGGACGACGAGGGCUCCGGCGACGGCUUCACCCGGGAGGAGCCCGCCACGGUGGAUGUGUGUGCGCUGACUUGAGUCUGGUGGGGGCCAGCGGGGGUGGCGCGGUGGGUGAGGGCUCUGCCCCCUUGGGUCUCACGGGGCAGAAAUAAAACUACCUGCAGCCCUUGGCACUUGUUGGCUCAA